UUCGACCCAAGUGUUGCGCUCGACUGUGCUGAGCUCGAUUACGUUCUUGCUUCUACCACAUGGCGAGGCGUCUACAGUACAUGCUCGGGAACUGUUAAGAGCAGUCUUCUUAACGUAGUAGAUAAUUGUGUUAUUAACCAGAAAAGUUGUAACCAUGUCGCAGUUACAAGCGAGGUUUUACACGGAGAACCCAAGGUACGUCAUCGAUGAUGUUCCAUUCUCCAUCCUGGCCAGUUCUGAAGUUCAGGACCUCAGCAUUCUCAUCAACAUGUUACUGGAGGCCAAAAACGCAUCUCACAGCAAGGUGGAGUUUGACUUCCUGGUCAAGAGUCAGUUCCUGCGAUCGCCGCUGUUCCAGCACAUGGAAACAGAAGGCAUAUCAACGGAAGAGGUUGUGGAGAUCGAGUAUGUGGAACGGAUCACUGCGCCAGAACCUGAGGAGUGUAUGAUGCACGAUGAUUGGAUCAGCGCCGUAGAUGCAGAUGCAGAAUGGAUCCUGACCGGGUGUUACGACAAAACCGCCAGUAUCUGGUCUUUAGAGGGCAAGGCUAUGACCAAAGUGACUGGACAUACAGAUGUGGUCAAAGAUGUUGCCUGGGUUAAGAAAGAAGGCCUUAGUUCUCUGUUUUUGACUGCCUCGCUCGACCAAAACCUCAUCCUGUGGGAGUGGAACUCGGAGAAGAACAAAUUGGAGGCCAAGCAUUGUUGCAGAGGACACACGGGGAGCGUCGACACGGUCGCCACAGACCCCACUGGAUUGAAGUUCUGCAGUGGCUCUUGGGACAAAAUGUUGAAGAUCUGGUCAGCAGUUCCCACAGACGAGGCAGACGUGGUCGAGGAGCCCACUGACAGGCCAAGAAAGAAACAGAAGACACAACAGCUGGGCCUCACCAGGACGCCACUGAUGACGUUAUCUGGGCACACCGAGGCUGUGUCCUCUGUGCUUUGGUGCGACAGCGAGGAAGUUUGCAGCGCGUCCUGGGACCACACGAUCCGCUUGUGGGAUGUGGAGACGGGAGAGAUGAAAACCACUCUGACCGGGAGUAAAGUGUUCAACAGCAUUUCCUACUCGCCGCUAUGUCGACGGCUGGCGUCCGGCAGCACCGACCGACACAUCAGGCUGUGGGACCCUCGCACCAAAGAUGGCUCACUGUUGCUGCUGUCGCUGACCUCCCACACUGGCUGGGUCACCGCGGUCAAGUGGGGGCCAUUUCAUGAGCACCAGCUGGUUUCGGGUUCCCUGGACCACCUGGUCAAACUGUGGGACACCAGAAGCCCGAAAGCCCCUCUCUAUGACUUGGCAGCCCAUGAAGAUAAAGUGUUCUGUGUGGACUGGACUGAAAGCGGGCUGAUGUUAAGUGGAGGGGCCGACAACAAGUUGUACACCUACAGAUACUCAGCUUGCCAGACGGAUGCGGGGGCAUAGUGAUAACAGAGAUGUGGCACACUUGAAUAUUUUUUUUACACAAUUCCAGUUGGAUUCUUAUCAUAUAAUUCCUCAAGCAAUCAUAAAUGGAUUUAGACUUCCAA